AUGUACAUUAGAGCUGUAAUCUUUUUCUGCCUGCGGCUCAACGGAGACGGAGAAGGCAGCAAGCUUCACAUCUGCAACUGCACCAAACAGGAGCGACCGUGGGCUCCCUUUAUGCAGAAAAAGCAGAGAGUACAGCGUUGCUGGCAGUCAGGCUCUCUGCAGCACACACGCACCCAGGACACUCCUCCCCCUUUCUGCUCCGAGCCAGAUUACCACCCGAUACACACUACUCCCAUCGACUCAGUACAGUGGCACACAUGA